AUGACAUCAAAAUUAAUUUUUGGAUAUUGGAACGGUAGAGGAAGAGGUUAAUAAAUUAGGUUCUUACUUGAAUAUGUAGAGGCCGAUUAUGAAGAAAAGACUUAUAUUUUCUCUGAGCCUGAAUAGGACGAGUGGUUUAAGAAGGAUAAAAAAGCUUUAAAACCAUUCCCAAACCUACCUUACAUUAUAGAUGGUGAUUUUUAUUUAAGUGAGCAUGAUGUUGUAAUCAAGUAUAUAGUCAAGAAGCAUCCUAAAUAUCACGAAUUAAUUGGUAUAGGCAAAGGACCAAAUGACGAAUUUAUUGUAGAUUAGCUUGUUUCUGUUAUAAACGAUAUAAGAGCAACUAUUAAAGAUCUAUGCUUUAAUCCUAAAGUCCAAGAAGUCAAAAAGGAAGUACUAGCAACUACUCACACAAAGUUCAAUUAACUAAUCGAAUUUAAAAAAACAAAUACCUUCCUUCUUCCAUACUUAACAAUAGCUGAUUUUAAACUUAUUGAAGUCCUUCUCUACUAUAAAGCUCUUGACGCAGAUUAAUUCGAUGCAAAUUUAAAUGUUUUCAAUCCUUACAUCUAUCAUUUCCAUUCCCUGCCUAGAAUUUCAGAAUAUUUAAAGACUGACAGGUACAAAUCCAACACUGUAUUUUUCCCAAUUCAAAAAAGUAGCUUUACUGGGUAUGAAUUUAUAGAAGAAUUUAAUAAAUAGUUUGUAUGA